UACAGUCCAGGGGCCGGUUGCACCAACUGGGCGUAAGCCUGGUCGUAACUACGCCUGGUCGUAACUUGGCGUUCUAAGUCCAACCUAACCGUUACGUCGGUUGCACCAACUGGGCUUAGCGUUCUUUUCACUAAGACCAAGGCUUAAAUCCUACGCCUGGUCAGGGGCAGGCGUAGAGUUGAAAUUUCUGCUGUUUCCAUAGCAAUUACAAUAAAAAAAAAAAACGUUACAAUCAAUCCAUCCAGCGCUAAUAUGGCACGUAUUAUCCAUAGGUUGUACAACGAGCGGGCAUUUAGACGGGAAAGGGUAUUUAGGGACAGAAGCAAUCCAUUGGACAUUUAUAAUGACGAGGAGCUGAUUGAGAGGUUUCGAUUCUGUAGGAGAGAUCUGUUUGAAUUAAUAGAAGAGCUGUCACCGGAUUUACAGUUCGUGUCGGACCGCAAUGCAGCGCUACCACCGCCCUUGCAACUGCUGAUUGCGCUUCGUUUUUUCGCAAACGGGGCUUUUCAGAACACUGUAAGCGACAUGGUGAGGGUCCAUAGAUCGACCGCCUGUCGGGUAAUCCGGAGGGUUUCCCUGGCUUUGAGCCGCCGCAUCGCUCGUUACGUCCACCUCCCGAACGAGGAAGAGGCGGCGGCGAUGAAGGAACGGUUCCGCCAGGCGUCCGGUAUGCCUGGGAUCGUGGGCUGCAUAGACGGGACACAUGUGCAGAUCCAGGCCCCACAUGAGAACGAGUAUUUGUACGUUAAUCGAAAAGGUUACCAUUCGAUUAACGUACAAAUAGCUUGUGACGCAAAUUAUAACAUCAUUAAUUUGGUGGCGAGAUGGCCUGGAUCCACCCACGAUUCCCGCAUCCUCCGGGAGAGUGCGUUAUUGCAGGACUUCGAGGAAGGAAGGUGCAACGGGCUGCUCCUUGGGGACAGUGGAUACCCGCUGAAACGGUGGCUGAUGACCCCGCUAAUUGCUCCAACAACUGACCAAGAACGGAGGUAUAACACCAUACACUCCGCAACUAGGUCAGUUGUUGAGAGAUGUAUCGGGGUUCUCAAACGCAGGUUUCACUGUCUUCAUGGGGAGAUGCGGAUGCACCCAGAACGGGUCUGCACUGUAAUAGCAGCGUGCACAGUUCUGCACAACAUUUGCAUCGCCAAAAGAAUCCCUCUCCCCAGACACCAUCAGCCACCGGCAGUCCCCGAGGAAGAUGUGCGUCAAGCCACUCGGCCUGAGGACAUCGCUGGCCGAUUAGUCCGUGCUCAGCUCAUUAAUCAGUUGUAAAUA